UAUAGCAGUACCUCUUCUACUGGUUAAUAGGAGGCUGAAAGAGAGGACAAAAGCUCAGCGUAGGUAUUACUUGCAGUUGUUUAUGUACCACUUCUGCUGUAUGAGAGCGUAAUGUCAUGGUGAGUAGUGUUAUUUAUUUUUCUGCGACUGAAAUACAGAACAAAGUUGAAGUAUACAAGUCCAACUUGCUUGGACAAACACACAGCUGACCUAGCUGAACCGUCAACAUGAGUUCUGCGGCCUGUUCUGGGCCUUUUAAGAAUUACAGUUUUACAGCCUUGCUGUGAUCUGAUUACAGAGUCACACGCAGAUAGGAAAUGGGUGUGUUUGUUGGAAUGUGUGAGUGUCAAAGCCUAAACUGUUUGGACUGCCUCAGUACAGCCGGACUGCGCUGAGGCUCAAAGGCAGCAACAAUGUCUACCCUUCUUCUGGUUGCGGCGGCAGUCGUAGGAAUUGCCUACAUUUUCCACCAUGUUGUGGUGAAAGGAAAGAGUUGCAAGAGUGAUGCAAAGCUACAUGGCAAAACUGUGAUUGUGACUGGUAGCAACACGGGCAUUGGGAAGACUACAGCCAUAGAUCUUGCAAAAAGAGGAGCCAGGGUGAUUCUGGCCUGUCGCAGCAAGCAGAGAGGAGAGGCAGCUCUCGAGGAGAUCAAAAGGGAGAGUAGCAGUAAUGAGGUGGUGUUCAUGCAGCUGGAUCUGGGAAGUCUUAAGUCUGUUCGCAGCUUUGCUGAGACCUUUCUGAAGUCUGAAUCCAAAUUAGACAUCCUGAUCAACAAUGCAGGUGUUUUCAUGCAGGGUCGAACGGAGGAUGACUUUGGGAUGAUGUUUGGUGUUAACCACCUCGGCCAUUUCCUGUUAACCAACCUAUUGUUGGAGCGCCUGAAGCAAUGUGGACCGAGCAGGAUUGUUAAUGUGUCAUCUCUGGCAUACACCAUGGGAAAAAUUAAUUUUGACUGCCUGAACACCCACAAAGCUCUGGCAGUCGGGACAUCCUCCCUGAACGUCUUCCAGGGCUACGCUAAUAGCAAGCUGUGCAACAGCCUCUUCACCCACGAGCUGGCCAAGAGACUGAAGGGAACCAAAGUCACCUGCUACUCCCUCCACCCAGGAGCCAUCAACUCGGAGCUGACCAGGAACACAAGCUCAGUUCUUCAACUGCUCGUGAAACCCGUAACUGCUUUUUUCUUCAAGGAUACCAUCCAGGGAUGCCAGACCACUGUGCACUGUGCCGUCCAGGAAGACAUUGAAGCUCUCAGUGGGCGUUAUUUUUCCAACUGCGCUGUGAGAGAAGUCUAUGCUAAAGCCAAAGAUGAUGUUGUAGCAAACAAGCUGUGGGAGCUCAGCGAGAGACUGUGUGGCCUUGCAUAAAAAAAGCUUUCCGUUAAACUGAUAACCCUAACUUCUGAUAAUUUCUUGCAAACGUUAAUCCUAAUCAAUCUUUAAGAAACUAUCUGACUACUAAAAUGUCAAGUACAGCUCAUGACUUGGUAAGUCACAUAGGAUUUGAUAAGUUCUUCAGUGUGCAUCAUCCCAUAAUACAAUAAACAAAAAGCUGAUCUGAAAAAUUUAAAUUCUAUGUCACCAUGACUCAGCACUCACAACAUUGGUCAGAUAUUAGCUCAUAGAUUAAGCAAAGCCUAUGUUUGUAACACUGUUAAGGCACGAUAAAAGCUAAUACAGUAAAUAAUUUGCAUAUUUUAUCUCGAUACGGCAGAUUACACAUUGAUGUUAAUUUGUAGAACGCUGCUGCCUGAGUCCUCACUAAGACCAAGAGAGUGGACCAUAUCACUCCAGUUAUAGACGUUUACACUGGCUUCCUGUCUGACACAGAAUAGAUUUUAAAAUCCUGCUGGCGGUUUAUAAAUCUCUGAAUGGACCAAAAUACAUAUCUGAUCUCCUGGUCCAUUAUGAACCAACCAGAACCCUAAGGUCAUUAGGGCCGCGCCUACUUUCUGUACCCGGAGUUAGAACCAAAUACACGUGAGGCAUUGUUCAGCUUCCCAAAAUGCAAGGGGCCUACUGAAAUUCUCAUUUGAUUUAAAUCAAGGUUGAAAUCCUUUUUAUUUAAUGCUGCAUUUCAUCUCCCACAAUGCACUGCAACCUUUAUUUCUUACAUCUCAUUUGUUACUUCUUUUUAAGUGAAUAAAUUAUGUUUUAUUUUAUUCUAUGUAUUUAUUUUAUGAU